AUGACCGAGAUGCUUGGUGAGAUGACAAUGCAAGUGGAUCUAAGUGCUGAGCUCCCACCAAAUACUGAUCAUGACAUUCAUGAAAAGGAAAGCGAUGAACCUCAUCAAGUGGAUAAUGAAGAAGAGAAGAUUUCAACAUUGAAACUCAAUCCAUUGGCUAAGGAGUUUUAUCCCAGUGAAUCAUACUUGUUGGAUCCUAACAACAAUCAGGAUCUUGCAAACAAGCUGGUUCCCACGAGAAACUCUGAUAAGGGGAGGAGGAAUACGCGUAGGAGAAGAGCAAUGUAUAAUGUAACGAAUAAUGUAAUGCAGAUAUUUCCAAAGGAAGACGUCAAGCGAACUGUUUAUGUUGCCAAUCUUGAUCCCAUUAUCACUGAAGAACAAGUUGCUGAGUUCUUUGGUAAAAACUGUGGAGAGGUUACUAAAUGGCGCAUUUGCAACAAGCACCGAUCACAUCUUCGCUUCGCUUUCGUGGAGUUCUCUAACGAGGAGAGUGCUAAAAAUGCUUUGCGUUUUGCUGGAAUGCAAAUGGGUUCCUAUUGUUUGACGAUUGUGCCUUCAAACUCUAGUAUUGUUUCGGUGAAUCCCAAGCUUCUUCCAAAGUCUGAAGAGGAAAUGAAUUUGUGUGCCAAAACCAUUCACUGUUCGAAUGUAGACAAAGUGAUUUCCGAAUUUGUUCUUAAAAAAUUCUUCAACGAUCACUUUGGAGAGAUUACUCGAAUGAAGUUUUUGGGUGAUGCUUUGCACCCGACGCAAACUGCCUUUGUGGAGUUUGCUACUGUUGAGAGUGCAACUAUGGCUCUUGAAUGUAAUGGGAGGGUCUUGGGAGACCUACCUAUAAGGGUGAGCCCUUCAAAAACUCCUAUCUGGAUGAAGAAUUGA